UGGCCGGCGUGUGGUGCGGUACGGUGCUGUGGAGUGGUGAGGCGUGCCGUGUACACUGAGCGAUGAGCAACUGCAACACGGGUGCGGGCGCCGCCAUCCUGUCAGCCCGCGCUGCCGCAGAAACAACACCUCUGCUCCGACCAGACAGACAUGCUGAUGAUGGUGAUGAUGCCAGUGGAGAUAAUCAGAGUUCCAUUAACUGGAGACGUCACCUGAAGAUAAGAUGCACCAACUCAGCACAAAUUUUCAACAUUAUUGCUCUGAGCAUUAUACUCUUUGGUGGUGUUAUUGUAUCAGUCUGGCUGUAUAUUGACAGACCUGGUAACACGCAGUCCUGUGAUGAAAGAUGUAUGUUACAUUUAACCACACGUCAGGACUGGGGUGCUGAGCCACCCAGAAAAAACGUUUCUCAAGGGGCACGACCAGCAGUAUAUGUCAUCAUCUCACACACUGUAACUUCCCCAUGUAAUUCAUCUGUAGCAUGCAAGUCUGAACUCAAGGCCAUGCAGUUAAAUAACUUCAAAAGAAAUUUUACUGACAUCAAGUACAGCUUUCUUGUUGGAGGAGAUGGGUACACUUACGAAGGUCGUGGCUGGGAAGCUGAGAAUGCCAUUGCACCACAUUUUGAUCCCACGUCUCUGGGAAUUGCCUUUAUUGGAAAUUUUGAGUCUGUUACUCCACCAGAAGAGCAGCUAAAUCAGGCAAAAUCAUUGAUAAAAGAAGCUCUUUACCAACGAAAGCUUUCACAUGAUUACAAACUGGUGGCCCACCGACAAGUCGCUCACACGAACAGUCCUGGAUUUGCGUUAUUCAGUAUUAUCAAAACCUGGAAACACUGGGAAAAUUGUUACAUGGAGAGCUGUUGAUGUUGCAUUUUAAGAUAAUGUCUAUGGCUAGCAUGAAUUCAUUAAUGAAUCAUUUUAGGCACACAGUUGUGUUUAUUAAUAUUCAUUAAUUCAUUUAUUUUAUUUAUUUAUUUAUUUACUUAUUUCAUAGACAAGUGGUCACUGUCCACAAGUGUCUUUUAAAUCGUAUCUAACAUGGUUGUUAACUUUUGUUUUCUAAUUAAAAGGAAAAAAAAGCAUGAAUUUGUAUUUUAUGAAUCAGUGUUCUGAUAGAACUUCCCUCAGAACAAUUUUAUGAUUUUGGUACAGUAAUUCUAAAUACAGCCAAAACCUGAUAUAAACUUGGAUCUUAAGCAAGACCUACAGGAAUUGCCUCAAGACAAAAUAUAUGGCCAGGCCUCAUAACAGCACCAUGUACUGUAAUUAUUAUGCAGCAUUAGAUGUAAGUAUGCCUGCAACCAACUGUCUACCAUCAUCCAUUGUCACCACCAAACUGUGUCUAACCACAAACUCAACUACCUACUGGCAGAACAUAGUGCACACGAUGACACCAAUUACUUCAGCAUUUGUUCCCAUACCCAUGCAAUUCGGAUCCUCUCAAGCAUGAUCUCAUCUGAAAUGCACAGGUGGGACUGUUCCUCUAGCACAUUUUCCAUUCCUGCAAUCCCCCUGUCCUUCCCCAAGUCCUAAAUCCCUAAUAGUUGUCAUUUUCAGUUGAGCAAAUACUUGAUAAUGAUGUGCUCUGUUACAUGUGUGUCUGCCAGCUAGCAGUCGUCUGUAGAUGAGAGGCUGCAUUUACACAGUUCAUGUAUUAGAAUAAAAUAAUUUAUUAUUUUAUUUGUAAUAAAACAGUUGUGAGAGUGUGACUGAAAACA